UCCACCCACAAAAACUUUGCUAGCUGUCUUAAGACAUUUGAAUCUGAAAAACUUCAGAUCACGCUGCAUCACAGUCGAGCUCACUAGGGUCUGUCUGAAGUGUGACGUGCCAAUCCAGCAGCCACAUCUUGGUCUCUUGUCAGGAUGCAAAUCAGGAUAAUCAGGAUGCUGUUUGGCUUUUUUGUAUUGUCUGUUGGGGUUUUCCUGAACAUUGGAGUGUGCACUGCAGUGCAAUCAGAGAUGAGAAUCACAACAAUAAAGCAAGAACCAUAUGCAAUGUCCAAAGGCACACAACUGGAAGGCUUUUGCAUGGACCUGCUGUCUGAAGUAGCCAAGAAACUGGGCUUCAAUUACAAAGUGCAGCUGGUGAAAGAUGCUUCAUACGGCAGACAGGAUGAGAACGGGAACUGGAAUGGGAUGAUUGGAGAGGUGGUGAGAGGGGAGGCCGACCUUGCGAUUGCUCCGCUGACUCUCACUGCAGCUCGGGAGAAAGUGGUGGGGAUGACCAAACCAUUCAUGCAGACAGGAAUCAGCAUCCUGCUGAGGAAGGACAUCUCAGAGGGAACAGGCUUCUUUGAAUUCCUCUCCCCCUUUACAGCCGAGACCUGGGUCGGCAUACUCAUUGCCUAUCUGGGGACCGCUGCAUGCGUCUUUGUAGUUGCCAGACUCAGCCCAUGUGAGUGGAGUCAGCCCCAGAGUGAGCAGAACAGAUUCAGCCUCCUCCACAGUCUGUGGUACACAGCUGGAGCUCUGACUCUACAAGGUGCUGGCCCACAUCCCAAAGCUCUUUCAGGACGUGUCAUCUGCUGCAGCUGGUGGUUAUUUACCAUCGUCCUCCUAGCUUGUUAUUUCUCCAACCUCAGCUCUUCUAAGACAUCUGAGUCCACUCACCUAACAGUGAAAGGAUUUGAGGACUUAGCCAAUCAGGACACGAUUGAGUACGGCUGUUUGGCUGGCUCUUCCACCCUUGCCUUCUUCAAGAAUUCAAACAAUCCAGUGUACCGCAGGAUCUAUGAACACAUGGAGAGAACUAAGAGUUUUGUGUCAUCUAUGGACGAAGGGGUCCAGCGUGCAAAAGAGGGAAACUUUGCCUUCAUUGGAGAGUCUGUUUCUUUGGACUUGGCAGUAGCACGCCAUUGUGAGCUGGUCAGAGCACAUGAAGUCAUUGGAAUGAGGGGAUACAGCAUUGCUGCCAGCCUUGGCUCACCCAUCAUAAAGAACCUCAGCGUGGCGAUCCUACAGCUGAGCGAGGCAGGGGAGCUGGCUUACCUGCGAAGCAAGUGGUGGGCCAGCAGCUGCAUAGCAGACAAGGCCAAGUCUUCAGCUGUGCAUCAGCACAGCCUCAAGGGGAUGUUUCUGGUUCUUUCCCUUGGCCUGGGGCUGGGAGCACUGCUGGCUGUCCUGGAGCUCACCUCCAAAAGCCGCAGAAGAGCAGCUGAGCAGAAGAAAUCCUGUUGCACUGUUCUGACUGAGGAACUGAGUCUGCGCUUGAGGACCAGCAAUGCAAACAAACCCCAAGAAAAUGUAGACAAAGAUCAAGAAAAAGCAUAGAAACAUCCUACAAACGUGUAGUUUUAACACGUCUGGACAUUUUAACUUAGAAUGUUUUUGGUUUGAUAGCUGUUUGAUAGAAUUUGUUCUAAUAUUUGACAGAAACAUUAACUUAAUUGUAGGUUUUGAACUUUCUUACUUGUAGAGAUACAUCAGAAAAGAAACAAUAUUACAUUUCAAAAUAAAAAAGCUUGCAUUUUAUUAAAAUAAUCAAUUAAUUGAUUUUCUAGUACGUACGCUACAAAUUCAAUGAAAAAGCAAACAUAGUUUAAGUAUUAUAAAAAAUAAUUAUUAAAAUGACAAACUAACAAAUAGCGCUCAUGUACUUGGUUUUUUUUUAGUUUACUGUUACUUCUUUCUGACUGCAUCACACUGUUUUGUACAGUUGGCAAUGGCAUCACAUGAUUUCAACAAAAACUUUCAAAAACGAUUUCAUGCAUAAAAACUGUGUUGUUUGUAAACAUAACAGCAGGCCUAUAAUAAUAAAAACUGUCUAAUUGUG